GAUGGGUAUGCACAGGGGCUGACUGACAACUCAUGGGGCCCCCGGGCAAUAAGGGAUCAUGGGGCCCCUGUGUUCUUGCCCAAACUCAAAAAAGCCUAUGACAAAGGUACCAGGGACAUCUCAUGGGGCUCCCUACUGAGCCCGGGCCCUCGGGCAGUGCUCGAGUUUCCAAAUGGUCAGUCCGCCCCUGGGUAUGCAUGUUUACAGAUGGAGAAGAGGAAAGGGGAAGGGCAGUGAUAUACCUCUGACAUAGACCUCAUGUCAUGGUACAAAGUUUGGAAGAUCAUCUCUUGUUAAAGUUAUAUAUUUACAGUGACAUUUAUUUUAUUAUAUUUU